GUGAAAACAAAUCCGCCCCUCCUUUUUUUAUCGGCAUCCCGCUCAUUUGUGAAAACUGAACAAAUCCGCCGCUUGCCUUACAGUUGAACUCAGACUAUCAGCACUAGCGGCCAGGGGCGGCGGGAACAGUAACUACUCACAAGCUAUUUUUUCUGUUUGACCUAAUGGCAAGUUGUCGUCGUCGGUACAACACUGCAUCAAUUGAUAUCAUAAGUGAACUGCCAUCAGUGAUCCAAGACAAAAUCUUAGGGUUCUUGGACACUCGCGAAGCUGCUAGAACAGCUAUCCUCUCACGUCAUUGGAAGGAUGUUUGGUAUUCUCAUGGACGGCUGGUGUUUGAUUCCAGCUUCAACCGAUCGAUCAGAUUAUGCGGAGGUGAUCCACGCUUGGAUUUCGUGAACAUGAUAACCAAUAUUUUGUUGCUCAGAUCUGGACCUGUCAAGAUCUUUAAGCUGGUUAUAUCAAGCUCAUAUCUGAAUUUGAGGCUCCAACAACAGGAUAUAGAUCGCUGGUGCCUUUUUCUUACUAGAAAUGGAAUCGAGCAACUUCACCUCUCUGUUUAUUAUAGUGGUGAUAUAUUCAAGGUGCCUGUUUCUAUAAUCUCCUGCCCGACUAUCAAGAAACUCAAUUUGGCUGGAUUCGCUUUUAAUUGCCCAGUUACUGCCGGACCCAGUAGCCCGUUUUCAGGAGUCACUAUUUUAAUCUUCAACCGUGUGUGGUUUUCGCGUAACAAACACUCUCCAGUUAUCCCUUUUAGUAUUCCUAAGCUUGAGGUAUUGGUGUUAGAUGGCUGUGUUGAGAUGGAUAAAUUUUCUUUUAGUGCUCCAAAACUGAAAACCUUCAGAGUUACUCGUAGUAAAUUUGCUACUGAAUGGAAGUGGUUUGAGCUUCAUCUCAAAGUAAUUAAGACGCUUCACUUGUCCAACGAAUUCAUCAUGCUGGAUGCACACAGGCCUUCGUUCCCAACAGCAUUAAACCUGGAAGUGAUUAAACUGAUUCAUUUCAUUUAUGUUGACAAGAAGCCAUUUGCUCUUCUUUUGCAACUGCUUAAAAAAUGUCCAAAGCUAUCUGAGUUGGAAAUCUUGAUGCAUGAUAAGUUUCAUGAGAUGCAUGGAGAUUCUUCAAGCACUUCGGCAGAUCCAGGCAGUUGGUUAAAUGGUGAGGAUAUUAACAUGCUUAAAAAAGUGAAGGUGGAACAAUUUAGGGGAUUGAGAUACGAGGUGCUUUUCAUCAAAACAAUCCUUUCAAAGUCACCCAUGCUUGAGGAGGUAGUUAUUCUUGAAUCGCCUGAGAUUGAUGCCCAAACAGCUUUCAGAAUGCCGAGAGAGAUGAUCAAAUUCCCUCGCGCCUCUCCAAAAGCACAAAUUAUCUUCUUAGAGACACAGACACCAAUCUACAAUCUAGUUGGCCGUAUCCCCAAUUUUUGGUAGUUUAUCAUUAAGCGAGGUUUGUUAUGUUUUUUGGUGGCAUGAUUCUUUCAUAAAAGACAACUUUGCCAUGGGUUGGUUUAUUUUCACUGGUGUAAUUAAUUUGUGUCAAAUUUGUAAUAAAAAAAUGCAAUUAUAAUAUUAAUUUAAUCGUUUACGUGCAACUUUGCCACGUAAGCUCCACGGACUAUGUGUCCACUUUUUAUGAGGUGCAAUUCACAUCUCUACUAGUAUCUUUACCCGUGCCGUGCACGUGAUCAAA